GCUCGUGGACUAAUAAUGCGAUUGGUUAUUAAAUUCGGCCAAUUGAAAGAGUUGUUGAGUACAGUCUGCCGAUGUAAGGAGAGACGAGCGUGCUAUAAACAGACGUGUCUGCUAACUUCGUGUGGGAUGUACGAUUCGUGUUUCUCACAGCAACCACAUAUUAAUGUAGAGAUCAUGAGGAAGAAAGCUGACGUGACCUUUUGGCUUGUUAUAGCUGUUGCUCUUCUACAACGUUCAACAGUAGAAGGAGCCUGCACGUGGUCCAGUGGGACAGUGGGCAAGGAGGGAGAUCAGGCUUUGUACAAAGGCUACAAUACAAACGCAAACACCACUAGCGCCUGUCAGACUUUGUGUGACACCACGCUUGGUACUGACGGCAAAGACUGCGUAGCCGUGGACUUAAAGAGCGGCGUUUGUUUCAAAUACACUGGACCUACGAAUCUUUUCGAUAAUGCUGCAUCGACACACUAUGAAAAAACAUGCACGCCAGAUGUAUGUUCAAUGUCAACAAGAACGUCAAACACGGCGGGUACCAGCUCCUCUGUGGUGGCGGUUCCAAUGUCGUCGAUGGGGGACUGUAGCGGGGUUUGCAAUUACUUUGGAGACUGCGAAGCCGUUUCCUACAGCAACGGCGUCUGUAGCAUCUUCAGUGCAGUGACGUCGACGACACAGUCAGACAGCGUCGACUACUACAAAACAACCUGCACCAACGGUAACCGAUGUUGCAUGGAGACUACGACAGAUCAGAAGGCCGUUGGUGCAGCCGUCAUCACUCUACAGCAGACAGUGGACACGUGCGAGACGGCUUGUCUCAACUACGACAACUGCGAGGCCGUCCACUACAAGAACAACGUCUGCUACUUUCACCUCGCUACCGCCACGUCAUUCGCCGACGUCGGAAGUACUUUCUCGGCGAAAUCAUGUCCCAACGGUGCCACCGACGGAACAGCUACUGUUAAAAUGUCUUGUCCAGUGACCGAAUCAAGGGUAAACCUGGACUUAUCUAAAGUGACCGAAUCAAGGAUAAACCUGGACUUAUCUAAAGUGACCGAAUCAAGGGUAAAUCUGGACUUCUCUAAAGUGACCGAAUCAAGGGUAAACCUGGGCUUCUCUAAAAUGAUCGAUUCAAGGGUACAUCUGGACUUCUCUAAAGUGACCGAGUGA